AUGCGAGUGAGCGAUAAAACCGAGGGGAUGGAUGUUGAGUGGCAAGAGGCACAAGCAGAAGACGUCUUGGGCGUCCAGCGAUGCGCGCAGGGUCCAGGCAAGGAUCGGAAUUCGUUGCCGCGGAUUCCCAUCCCAGGGUCGGCCCACACCGGGGCGGACAAUUGA